UAGGGUUGAGAACCAAGUGGUGGUUGGUGAUGGCGUGUUCACGAGAACUAGGUGCUCAUGCGUGGCUUGCUACUGUUCAAGCGAGCAGUGCGUGUGUAAGCCAGGUGGUGGCGAAGCUGAGAUCGGUUGCUGCUGAAAGGAUAGUACCGUCAAUCUCGUGGAUCCACAGGAUGCGACAUUUGCUCGAGGUCACAUGGGGGCUGGAGGAGGGGCCACCCCCCCACCUAGAUGCUAUUAUAGGCUCUCCACGACUGGACGACUUGAUGCGGCACUACUACGACAAGCUUGAGAAGGGGCAAGGUCUUUGCGCUACGCUGGAGGACCUCUGCUAUGAUGACGAUGACGACACCACGGAAGACGCCAACAGCAUCAACCUCAACAUCGACUGCAAAGACAACGGCAAUCUCACCUAUAUGGCCGUCAAUCUCAACAACAACAACAACAAUGACAAAAGCAACAACAACAACGACGAUAACAACGAUUGUGGUGAUAACAACAACGACAGUAACGAUAACAACAAAAUCAGCAACAACAUCAGCAACGACGACGACAACAACAACAACAACAACAACAACGACAACAACAACAACAACAACAAUAACGACGACGAUUGUGAUCUUCGUGAUGAUGGUGAUGACAUAUGCAUCCAAGUCAUUCAGGUCAUCGCCACCGAUAACAACGACCAUUUUGUUGGCUGUGAAGUCAACAUUUACAACAGCGAUUCGGAUGGGAGCGGUCGCUGGGUGCAGCGGGCUCCUACCACGAUUUUUGUCAUAUUCAGUGGAGGUUGGUUUUUUGGGAGGGGAUCACUUUCUGCAUGUUCACGAGCUGUUCGUGCCGGCGAGAUAGCAUUGCGCUCCUUCAGUGGGAUCCGGGUGGGAGGGUCGCAGGGUAGGACAGCGGCCUUGGGGGCCCCUCAUUUACCCAUCUGUGCUAUCUAGAGAGGGGCGCUAUAACUGGCGUAUCAUCUGACUCGAUUGCCUUCUCUGAUUUAGUAUCUCAAGA